AUGGCAACGCCCUCGGUGUCCAAGGGGAAAAUUGAUGGAUCGAAGGUUAUUAGUUGUCUUACGAGUACUUUCAUGAACGAUGAAGUGGCAUGGACUCCAGAGGGUGCUACAGCUGCAUCGCAGAACAUUGUCAUUAUGUCUUCUAACAACUCUCCUUCUUCUUCGUUGUCUGGCGCCUCAACUCUAUAUGAGUAUAAGGACUAUGAAUUUAUCCCUGCGGAACUUUCUCUAGCUUCGUCUUCACCGGAAUUGUCAGAGGCUGCAGACGUGGAGUAUUUCAGUAACUCCGAAGAGGAUAGGAGUUAUGCCACUGAGGACGUCGAGGAAUAUGAGGAUGAGAAAGAUCUGUGGGAUAACGACGAGGAGAUUCGUGUUUGA